AUACUCAACGACGUAUAUCCAUCUUUAUCUGAAACUUCCAACUCUCCACCAUGAACAGAAGCAAGCUCCUGCUGCAACUUUGUGCUGGGAUUUUUGCUUUCGGCAUCCUCUCCAGUGCUGUUGUGGGUUAUGGAAAUGGCAAAAUCUUUGACAUUACUCACAAAAUCACUUCCCAGUUGCCGACUUUCGGAUCGGUGAACGGGCUCGGUCAGUUCAUCUGGCUCGUUGCCAGCAUUAAAAAUGGUUCAACAGUAAAUGUUUCGGAGUUCAAGUUGGGAACCCACACUGGGACUCACGUUGAUGCACCUAGCCACUUCUUUGAAAAGUAUUAUGAGCAGGGUUUCGAUGUUACAUCUCUUAGCCUGCAAACCCUUAAUGGUCCUGCUCUAGUAGUUGAUGUUCCAAGAAAUAACAACAUUACUGCUGAAGUUAUGAAGUCCUUGAAAAUUCCCAGGGGAGUACAUCGUGUGCUUUUCAAAACGCUCAACACUGACAGGAGGCUGAUGCAUAGCAAGCAGUUUGCUUCAGACUUCACAGGGUUUAAGACAGAUGGUGCACAGUGGUUGGUUGAUAACACAGACAUCAAACUUGUAGGACUUGAUUACCUAUCGGUUUCUGCAUAUGAUGAUGCUGCCCCUACUCAUCAUAUAUUUCUAAGGAAUAGGGAAAUUGUUCUUGUUGAAGGUCUAAACCUUGAUGGCAUAAAGCCAGGGAAGUAUAAUGUCCAUUGCUUACCUUUGAGGAUGGAGGGUGCAGAUGGAUGCCCAACCAGAUGCAUUCUCACUGCAUGAAACCUUUCUCCAA